UCUCUUCAGGUCUUCCCCUUUUGCAUUGCAUGCACACGCCCUUUUCUCUCUCUAAAUAUAUGUAUGAUGCAUCUAUACAAACAACACAUAUCGCCAUCGCCGCCUAUUUUAUUACUAGAUUUUAAUUCAAUUCUUUUCUCUGCCAGAUUACCCUCUCUGGCCGGGGACCGCCGCCGCCUCUUGCUUUUACUCUGUUUUUUUGUUUAAUCCCCUCCCAAAAUCUCACUUUUAAAAUCAGAGAUUUGGAAUUGGAGUUAUUUCUGUGGGAAAUUGGUCAGUUUGAUUGGAGAUGUUCGCAUGCGGACGUUGAACUUGAUAGAUUUGAAUAGGGGUUUUGAUUUUUAGUUGCUCUGAUUGCCAUUGGGGUUUAAGAUUUGAAUUUCCGAGGAAUGGGGUCAAGGAAUUGCAUGAAUGAUGUGUGCCCUGAGCUGGCGUCGUCUGAGUGGAGGAAAGGUUGGACCUUGAAAUCGGGUGGAUUUGCUACUCUGUGUUACAGAUGCGGAUCUGCCUAUGAGAAUUCGGUUUUCUGUGAAACAUUCCACUUGGAGGAAUCUGGUUGGAGGGAAUGUCGGAUAUGUGGGAAGAAAAUCCACUGUGGGUGCAUUGCUUCAAGAUAUGUACAUGAAUACAUGGAUUUUGGAGGUGUUGGGUGCAUAACCUGUAUAAAGCGUUUGGAAAAACAAUCACUUCAGAUUCCUAGUAAUGUUUCGAAUGGCACAGUUUCUACAAAUGGGAUUAAGGAUGUUCAUCCUGUAAUUGUUGAUAAUCGAAUUGAUGACGACAAGUUUAGCAGUCGGAGACUACUGCAGUUGACAAAGGUUAUAGGUGCAAUUGAUGGUUGUUCAGGUCUUGGGCAACUUACACAUGACGAUCCCUUGCUUAAAAACAGGCAAAGCAGCAAGUUCAUUCCAAAUCUCACUCAACAAAAUUUGCCCUCUACAUUCUUCAAGACAGAUACUAGCAAGCCAAGAGAAGGGGUUCAGAAUAUCUAUGAACCUCUAGCUCAGCCGUCUCUUAAUUUCUCAUUGACGACACCUUCAAGUAGUUCGGCCACUAUUUUGCCUUUUCCUGCUGGGAUUGCUGAAGGAAGCGAACAGUGCAAAGGUUCUUUACGUGAAGCACUCAAUAUUCUACUAAAAUCUCCCAAACCUAGCCCCACUGUUGGGUCCGAGAUGAAUAAAGGAACUGUUUCACAAGUACGUGUUGCUAGGCCACCUGCUGAAGGGAGAGGUCGUAAUCAGUUGCUUCCUCGGUAUUGGCCAAGGAUCACCGACCAAGAACUGCAGCAAUUAUCUGGAGAUUUAAAAUCCAAUAUAGUACCUUUGUUUGAGAAAGUUCUGAGUGCCAGUGAUGCUGGGAAAAUUGGUCGCCUGGUCCUUCCUAAAGCUUGUGCUGAAGCAUUUUUCCCUUUGAUUAAUCAGUCAGAAGGUAUACCAAUAUUGAUUCAAGACAUGACGGGGAAAGAGUGGACUUUCCAAUUCAGAUUUUGGCCUAAUAAUAACAGCAGAAUGUAUGUAUUGGAAGGUGUAACCCCUUGCAUUCAAAAUAUGCAAGUACAAGCUGGUGACACAGUGACAUUUAGUCACAUAGAACCUGGUGGUAAAUUUGUCAUAGGCUGCCGAAAAGCCAUAAACAAUGGUGAUACUCAGGACUCCCAAACUAUCGCCUCAACCAGUGGUGAUUCACCCGGGGGAACAUCAUUUUCUGGCACUAAUGGCAAUCUGCUUUCGAAUGGAGGUAAAACUUCUGGUGAUUCAUUCCAGCAGUCCAUAUCGGAGAAGACGGCGAAGAACAUUAAAAAUAAGAGGCUUCUCAUGCAUACUGAUGAUGCCACGGAGCUGAGAAUAACUUGGGAAGAAGCACAAGAGUUGCUUCGCCCAUUUCCAACUGCUGAACCAACUGUUGUCGUAGUCGAGGACCAUGAAUUUGAAGAAUUUGAAGAACCUCCAAUUUUUGGAAAGAGGACAAUUUACACUUCCGGACCCUCUGAGGAGCGGGGCCAACUGGCUCAGUGUGACAGUUGCUUGAAAUGGCGAAGAUUGCCUGUGCAUGCUCUUCUUUCUGCAAAGUGGACAUGCUCGGAGAAUAUAUGGGAUUUAAAAAGGUCUUCAUGUCCUGCUCCAGAGGAGAUACGACCCGGAGAUCUGGAACCUUUUGUUCCUAGUUGCAAAGAUUCCAAGAGAAGAAAAAUUUCAGAAAAGAAGAUGCCAAAAGUAGGGGAGCCUUCUGGCUUAGAUGCAUUGGCAACUGCUGCAGUUCUAGGAGACAACAUAAGCGACGCAGCUGAGUGUUCGGUGGGGGCUACCACUAGGCAUCCUCGCCAUCGUCCGGGCUGCACUUGCAUUGUCUGCAUCCAACCUCCUAGCGGAAAGGGGAAGCACGAUCCUACGUGCAAGUGCAACGUCUGUCUGACUGUAAGACGCCGCUUCGAGACACUGACGAUGCGCAAGAAAAAAAGGCAAUUGGAACGUGAAGCUGAAGUUUCCCAAGCCAAGGAUAGGGCUUCCGUUAAGAUUGAGCCAGCGAGGGAAGACAUAUCCGUAGACACGAAGGCAAACACAGUGGGGAUGGAAGCCGACAUGGAAGAAGCAAGCACAGGGCAGUUGGACCUCAACUGCGAUCCUCACCGUGAAGACGAGAUGCUUGCACAAACGGCCAAAAUGAGCCUGACAACACUGAUGAAUGCGGUCGCCGUACCGUUGGAUACAUAUCUCGAGCCUACCAGCGUUCAGAAGCAAGAAAAUAUCACCUUCCUCUCUGCAGAUACGGAGGGGAGACAACAACAGUAAAGAGUCACGUUAUAUUAUUACUACUAUUUGUGGUUAUGAAAAACUUGAAACCCACAAAAUUUUGUGUUUUUGGAUUGCAUGCAUGUUUGAAAACCACAGAGUUGAGUUUUCUAGGUCAUAUUUGUUCAUUUUAAUCUAUAGUGAUAUUGCAAAUUUGAGAGAUUUUUGGGUGAUUAACCUUCCAAAGUUGAGUGAUAAUUUUGUGAAGACAAAUUUGUCAUUUUAUCUA